CAAUCUAGGAGGCGGUGUUCAGUUGGUCUAUACAAGAUACGAAGGCUCUCGUUUUUGCGGUCCUACAACUCUUUAUUCUGUGGCCAUAUAUAUAUAUAGAUGUGGCAUUACAACCAGGGAAGUUCCAGCUGUAACGCGGCGCCUGCGCCUGCGGUGCCUUCGAGGAGCAUGGUCCACGCUACAUUGCCGAGGCGGCGCAUACCCCUCAUGGAGAAAAUUAUCAUCGGUAUCUUGAUCGGUGCAGCCAUCAUGGGGCCUUCCAUGUGGUUCAUGAACAAGAGCAAGAAAGCGAGGGAAGCCAACAGAGCAGCCCUGUCGUGGGGCUCUGAAGCAUAGACAUGUUUUUAACUCUGCGUUAUAUUAAACUGAAUGAUUAUCCAAUAUAGAUUCAUGUUAUGAAUCAUGAGUAUGGUCCCGUUCAUCCUACACAGUAAUUUUCAGCAUGUUAACCAAGGCCUGUUAUAGACGCUCAUUGAUUGAAAAAUAUCGGUGCUCAUGGGUGCAUUUUUGGAGCUCAUUGCUGACGGCUAACUGCGUUCUGCGUUUGAUGCAAUGAUCGCAUUACGUCCGAAAAGACCGCCAUCAUCAUACUUCCUCCCCUACCACUGUUGCCAACAAUGAUGUACCAACCGACAAAAUGGAGGUGAAAAGGCAGCUUUUAUCAAUGAUCGUUCAAUAUGAAAAUAAAAGACCAUUGUGAUUUGAAGUUUCAUAGAAAUUUUGAUUCAAAAGUACAUGUCAUCGGUUCAUAUUGCUAAUUUUUUUGCCAUUCUUUUGAGUCGGACUGUGUCGACUGCACUGGGGCACAUUGUUUACCUGCGUCUGCGUCGUCUGCAAUGACAGUCCGACGCUUCGCAGCAGACAUCGACAUCGACAGCCACUUACAUUUACGAUUUUGUAAUUAACGAAAAAAAAAAGAUGGGCGGAGUACAAACCUGUGUACCGUUUCGUCGGGUGCCUCUUCAGUGCUAAUCAAAUUAUUUACCAUGCUUGGAUUUCCACUACUCUGCCGACUUUGCGGCUUAACAACCGAUAAUGGCCUGUACAUUUACUGUGAUGAGGGGAAGAGGCGGCAGGUGGAGACCAAGAUCCGACUGUAUUUACACUUUCAGGUGCUACCAAGCGACAGCCUGCCAAAGAAAAUUUGUGCGUCCUGCUUUGAAGAACUGGAAGGAAUGCACAGGUUUGCUAUUAAUGCCCUGAAAGUGCAAGAUAAUCUAUCAAAAAUAGCAAAGGAAUUGCCCUUAACUGCCACAGAUAUUUGUAAAUCAUUCAUGAAAAACUAUGUGGCUGAACCAGUGAUUAUUAAUGAUACUGUGGCAUCCUUAACAAAUCAAGAAGUUACUGAAAUGGAGGUUCAGGUUGAUCCUAUGUUUUUUUUAGAGGAUGAUCAAAUUGAUGAAAAUGACCCUGUAUCAGAUUGUGGUGCUAACAAUAAUUUUGUGCAGAAUGGAGAAGAAGCCAAUGUCAGAAAAGGGAUUGAUGGCACAACCCCGUCAUUUUGCCUUGAGACCCACUCUGAAAGUGAGCUCAAUGGAGAAAAACAAAUGUUGACACAGUCUUCUGUUAAUAAUGAUAUAGAUAUUUCACAGAAGCCUAACGCAAAUGAAGUACCAGAAGUAGGACCUCCAGUUUUACUUGAGACGCAAGUCAAGUUAUGUCCUGAAACCAAAGCGGAAGAUGGAUUUGACUCUGGAGAGUUAAGUAAAGGGGAUACAGAGGUGGCUAGGGAAGUAACCAAAGCAGUUUCUCUCACCCUGAAAAGAGUGAAAAAAGUGAGCAAUGCAAACAAGAACUCAAAGAGAAGUGAUUUGAAAUCAUUACCAUCAGAGAACAUUAAAUGCAUUACCUAUACCUGCCCUAUAUGCAAGAAGGUCCUUAUGAAGAAAGGUUUAUUUAAAACCCACUUAGAAACACACAAAACUGAUCACAAAUAUGCCUGUGAAAUAUGCCUCAGGGUGUUUAAGAAGGAAAUUAAUUUAAUUCGACAUCAAAAAUCUCAUUCAGAGCUUACUACAUUUCCCUGUGCUCAUUGUAACCGUGUGUAUCCAACAAAGAGCACCCUACGCUCUCAUCUUGUUUCUCAUUCUGAUGAGCGUCCACAUGUUUGCAACAUUUGCACAAAAUCAUUUAAACGUAAUCAAGAUUUGAAGUUCCAUUUAAAUCAACACAAUGGCCUGCGACCAUAUCGCUGUCCGUACUGUACGAAAGCUUUUGCCAGCUCAGGGAAUUGCUUUUCUCAUCGAAGAAGAGCUCACAUGCAAGAGAUUGAAAGAGAUCGGGCUCUCAGAAAGAAUGCUCCCGCAGCUAGUUGAGUGAGGUUUCAAGUUCUCCUUUGUGUCACUUUCCAACUUAAAGCAACUUUUUUCUUUUAGUCAAAGUAUUAAAUUGAUUGUUACUUAUCCUGGGAAAUCUGGUUUCCAGUAUCCAUCAGUAUUAUUUAUUCUAGUCUAUAGAAUUGAAGUCAGCCACCUUCCCAGGAUGUUUAUAAGAGGCGUCAUGGUCAUAUCAGACAUUUUGCAUAUUUGCGGGUAAAUUGUAUUGCAAAUUGUAUACCCAUCAAGCAUCUUAUUAAGGGCCUUUGGAGAUGUGCUCAUGAAAACAUGAACUUUGUGCCCUUUGCCUGGGUACGCACCUGAUUAAUGUGAAAUCAAAAUGGUAUUAUUGUUUUUCUACUAACAGUACCUUCAUAUGCCACGAAGUUUGGGACCGAGAUUUAACCAGACCAGUCUGUCUUUUCUUUCUAAUUUAAAAUGAUUUUGUAGUGUACUUUGUCUUGUUUUUAAUGUUAUGUAGAUGCUUUACCUGGUCUGUGUGAUUUAUUUGUAGCUAUAAAAUAUAGGCCCUCAUGUACAUCAUAGCUAGUCAAUCCAUUUGGGACACAUAUUUCCAGGGUCCUAUUACUGUUUUGUUUUGUUUUUAUUUUUAUUAUAUUAUAAUCUAAUAUUUAUUGUGUCACCAGGUUUACAGUGACUUGUUAACACGUUCCCUGCGGCUCAUUUUUGGUCCCUAUGAUUUAACAUGGGAGCGUGACUACUUAGUGGUCAUGCCGCAGGGAACGUGUUAAGAUAUUAUUAACGUCUGUUUGAUCCGUUCAUGAAAAGCAUAUCCAGUGUUAUGGAUGUUAUGAAGCUCAUAGAAAAAUAAUUACAGUGUACUUCAAUUUUUGAUUCAGUAGGACCCAUUAGAUAAUUGUUAUGUGUAGACCCAGUUGUUCAUAGACAGAGACUUUAGUCAGAAAGAAAAUGGAUAUUUUAUGACCUUCUAGACAUUUGGUAGUUUUGUGUUGGUGGUCAAAAGUAUUAGAUCUAAAUUUUAUGUUGUUAACUGAUUAAAUAUUAUUCCAGCUUCUUGACCACUUUUCAAUGUAAUUUGAUCUUGUAGCAGGUUAAUUUUGUGUAACUUGUCUAUUAAGUCAUAAUUUUUGAGUACCUAAAAAGUUUAUCAUGAUGUAUCUGAGAAUUGGCAGAUGGCAUUGGCACAGUAAGUGUCGAAGAGUACAAUUGACAGUGUGAUUAUAUGUUCUGACAACAAAUUUCAGAACUAGUAUUGUGAAUGUGAUAAUAGAGUACAAGCACAUGUUUUUUUGUUCCUUUUUCGUAUUAUCAGUAUAUUAUGUCUCAGUAUAAGUUACACAGCUAUAAGAACAAGUAGGAAAUUUCCCUAUAGCAGAGACCCUUGGACCUCAUGUUUGACUGGUUAAUUUGGAUAGAAUGUAAUCCAAUUGUGAUAUUUUUCAGGAAAGUAAAAAUGCCUUCCCUCAUUGUUUUUUGUUUAUAAGCUCAUUCAUUAUUGUGAAAUGUUGCUCUUUUUAACAUCAUCAUCUUUCAACUUGUUUCAUUGUUUUGUUUUUAAUGAAAGAAGUUGUUUUGAUAAAACAACAUACUUUCUCACUAAUAUACAACUUUUCUUUCUCUCCUGGUUUUCCCUGUAAAAACUUUUGCUAUUUGCACAAUUAUCGUGUAUUUAGUUUUGGCUUGUCUCUGCCAUACCCUUUAGAGAGUGCCAACUAAUUUGUGUGUAUGUGUAUUCUUCAUUGAAUUUAAGAGAAAAUUUUGUGUGUCUUUUUAAGAGAAUAUUUCACAGCUCUCAUAUCAAAACAUUUAUGCAUUUUGUAAGUGUCUUGAAUGACAGCAUGCAAUAUACAAUAACUGUGGUGAAGCUAGAA